AUUGAAUUUGUCUUCAAAUUUUAUAUUUCGUAAUAUAAUAUUUUACCGAUUUUAUAGAAGCGAACCUUCGAACCACGCGUUAAAAGCGACCUUUCGCAAAGUCCGAUCGGGUUAGUUGUACGGUCAAAAGAUAUAAUACCACGUGUCACUUUCUCCACGCUUUCCUUCUUCCAUGUCUUCUUCUUCUUCCCCUUUGUAUUACCUUCGCAUCCCUCUGAAAAUCCCCCAAAUUGUAACAGAUCCUAGAAAUUCGAAUUUCGAUGCGGUGAAGACGACGACGAUGAAGAGGGAGCUAGAUUCGAUCUCAUGGAGAUGUGACUGUAACAGUGACAGAUCCAACGAGUUUCCGACUGCUUCCUCGGAGAACCGCCGUCUUCUCCUCGCCUGCGCCUCCGAGUACUCCGAUGAUAUGAUCGGUCAGCUCGUUUCGCAACUCGAGUCCUGUUCGAUCGAGGAGCAGAAACAUGCCGCGAUGGAGAUCAGGCUCCUGGCGAAGAACAGAUCCGAGAAUCGAAUCAAAAUCGCGAAAGCUGGCGCGAUAAAGCCGUUGAUUUCGCUUAUUUCGUCCUCGGAUCCUCAGCUUCAGGAGUACGGCGUCACGGCGAUUCUGAAUCUCUCACUCUGUGACGAGAACAAGGAGGUGAUCGCUUCAUCUGGGGCGAUUAAGCCAUUGGUUAGGGCUCUGAAGACGGGGACAUCAACGGCGCAGGAGAACGCGGCGUGCGCGCUUCUCCGGUUGUCGCAGGUCGAGGAGAACAAGGCGGAGAUCGGGAGAUCGGGAGCGAUUCCCCUUCUGGUAAACCUUCUGGAAACCGGAGGAUUCCGCGGGAAGAAGGAUGCGUCGACGGCGUUGUACUCGUUGUGCUCGGUGAAGGAGAACAAAAUCAUUGCGGUGCAAUCGGGGAUCAUGAAACCGCUGAUGGAAUUAAUGGCGGAUUUCGGGUCGGACAUGGUUGACAAAUCGGCGUUCGUUCUGAGCUUGCUGAUGUCGGUGCCGGAGGCGAAGCCGGCUCUGGUGGAGGAAGGUGGAGUCCCGGUGCUCGUGGAGAUCGUGGAGGGCGGGACGCAGAGGCAGAAGGAGAUCGCCGUAUCGACUCUUCUUCAGCUCUGCGAAGAGAGCAUCGUUUACCGCACCCUGGUGGCUCGUGAAGGCGCCAUUCCUCCCCUUGUCUCUCUUUCUCAGUCCGGUACGAAUCGCGCCAAGCGAAAGGCGAGUGAACAGUAAUUUGCCACGUCAUCACCUUCACUGAACUAAGCUCUAAUAUUUGCGGAGACGUUGAUAGAGCUUCUAAGGCAACCAAGAUCCAACAAUGGCGCUCCCAGAUCCUAAAUUUUCCUUUUGCUUUUGUUUAAAAGGGUUUUCCUGUCACGUGCGUUUGUGCUCUCUUCCCUCCAACACAAUCAUACUCUUCUCCCACCCCCAAAACAAAAAACUCUACUUUUUUUUUCUUUACGACUCUUAUGAUGAUACCCAAAAAAACAAAAUUUUUGUAAAUAUCUUAAAGCCUCAAAACCUUUUUCUUGUAUCCUCUGUAAUUGAUCUCAGUUUGGUUUGGGUUUUUAAUUUUUUAUUCCACUUAUUGUUUCCUCUCUC